GAAGAUAUAAUGAUGAGCCAGCAGGUUGGACGGUCGAGAUUCUCCAAAUCCUAGUAGCCGACUAGCCGUCCGCGCAAAACCCUCCCUGCUCAGACUCGUCUGCUGCAGCUCCUCCUCCGCCGCCGUAUCAAACGCACUCUCCUCCGCCGCCGCCCGAGGCAAGAUGGUUCUCCAGAACGACAUCGACCUUCUGAACCCGCCGGCAGAGCUCGAGAAACUCAAGCACAAGAAGAAGCGCCUCGUCCAAUCCCCCAACUCCUUCUUCAUGGAUGUCAAGUGCCAGGGAUGCUUCAGCAUAACCACGGUUUUCAGCCACUCCCAGACUGUUGUUGUGUGCCCAGGCUGCCAAACUGUUCUCUGCCAGCCCACGGGAGGAAAGGCGAGGCUCACGGAGGGAUGCUCUUUCCGCCGGAAGGGAGACUAGAGUGGAGUCUGUUAUUAGUACUGGAUCGGUUGUCAAUCUCCAGUAUGUGGAUUCAAAUUUUGCUCUGUGCCCAGACGUUAAGGUCAUGAACUACCUUAGCUAAGGCUUUCCGCAUGUUGUUCUGGUGCUGCUAUGUAUCGCACGUUGGUUAUUGCUGAACUUAUAGCUUGUUUGGUUCGGAUUAUGAUAAACCAAAUGGAUAUUUGAAUUAUAUUAUGGGGCACUUGUCGUU